UUCCGCCUCCCUUACAGAAGAAAACCCUAACUCACAAAAACCCUAACUACCACCAAGGAAUCUCUUUCUCGCACUCGCUAUGUAAAAAACCUUAGGGAAGUUGUAGAUCGGUUAGAUAUUUAAGAAGUAGUCCGCUGAAAUUGCAAUGGCUUCUUUAUAACUCAUUUUCUCUUCUUCUCUGCUCUUCUUCUGUUGAAAAUUGAGAAGUUAGAUUGAGGUAUGGCUUAAGGAAAAUUAAAUCUAAAAUAAUAAGAAGUUGGUGUUUUUGCUAAUUAUGAAGAAGGGGAUCAAGAACUAGGUUUUCCUUGUGAAUCGUUAAUUGAGUUAGAAAUGGAGAAACUAAAGAUGAUUUGGUGAAGAGACAGUAUGAUGACGAAGAAUUAGUGAUUGAUGUGUGAGUUGAAUGAACAUUAGAGAAGUUAGAGUUUAUGUUCUUCUCAAAAUAGAUAUUAGGGUUCUUGGAUGUAAUUGAAUCAAGUGAUUGAAAUUGAAAUUGAGGUUUUAGAGGAAGGAUUAGAGAUGGGUAUGUUUCAUUUAAAAAUUUGAUUGAUGUUGUGAAGCUGUUAAGGAAGAAAUUGAAGAAGGUAAUGUUGAUGUUGGAUCGAAUUAUAGGCCAUGGUGGUGGUAGAGGCAGAGUAGGCGGCAUAGGAGGAGGUCGUUGUAGUGGUGGAAUGAAAGGUGGUAGUAAAGUGAUUGUUGAACAACAUAUACAUGAAGGUGUUUUCAUUUCUAAGGGUAAAUAAGAUGCACUUGCGACAAAAAAUAUGGUUUACGAUGAAUUUGUUUAUGGUGAGAAGAGAGUUUCUUUCCAGAAUAAUGAUGGGACUAGAUUGAGUACCGAGUCUGGAAUUCUUUUAGAUCAAAGCUUGAUGCUGCUAUACUUGGUGGUGUUGACAAUAUUUGGAUUGUCUCUGGAGCUAGAGUUUUGUAUCUUGGGGCUGCUUCUGGUACUAUUGACCAGGUGUUGGUGGGAUGGUUGAUGUUAUUUUCUCAGACGUUACUCAACCUGACCAGGUGUGCGCUGUGAGGAAGUGAUGAAAUUGUUGUGGGUGUUGAUACUUGGAUGUACUAAAAGUGGUGAAACAUCCUUUCAGGGAGUUUUGAUGCAAUUGCAACAGCAUUCUCAAAAAGAGGAUUGGAUUGUUUAAAUUGGACGGAACCAAUUUAUUUGGAUCUUGUGAGACUGGUGGAGAUGAGGAACAGAUGGCAGCUACUGCAGCUUACAUAAAGCUUAAAUGGAAGGGCCUUCAGAAGAAGGUUGUCUUUGUUAUUGUUAUUACAGAUCUCAACACCUGUCAUCGCACAUGGUUCAACACUGGUGUCAAUCGAUGUGAUUGCCAUUCUGACGAGGUUGCCAAGAGGGCAUUGGUUGAUGGCCCAGAGUCUUCCCAAAUUCGUGUUUUUGGUUUGCCAGUGAGGCCCUCAUUUUGUCGGCCUGUAAAGAAAACUGCAAAAGCUCUCCGCGAAGCACUAUUCAAUGCAAAACCUGGUAAAGCAAUCGGACAGAUCAUCAUCAUAUGUGGCCGGAACAAAAUCUUAGCUUCUACACUAGAAACUGGUCCAUGGAAAGUCCCACUAAAGAUCAGAGGAUUCGAGACCCAAAUGGAGAAAUGGAUGGGUUCUUGUGACUGCAUUAUAACCAAAGCUGGAUCUGGAACAAUUACGGAGGCGUUGAUAAGGGGCCUUCCGAUCAUGAAGCAAUGGCUAGGCAGUUGUAUAGCAGGUUCUGGUGUUGUGUUGGUGCAGUCGUUUUAUAUUGGGGAGAAGAUUCCAACUAAUGUGGUUCUUGAUACUCGGCAACUUGUUGGGACAAUAAAGUGUCUUGAUGCUGUAAGAACUGAGUUGAAAAAAGUUAACUGUAACCUUGCUCUCAUGAAGAACCGUGUUAAAGAGCUUCCCAAAAAGGAUAUUCCCUCAAAGGUUGCAGAGGAUGCUGUCAAUCACAAGCUCAAAGAUCCCAAGACUCAUGAAGUUCCUGAACCAUCCAUAUGA